UGUCACUGCACAGGACAAGGGAGGCUCCGCAGUGUGUAACCUUGUGUGAGCUGCCAGCACUGGAUCAUUAGGAGAACUGUGCAUGUCUGUAACUGUACACGAGAAGCCGUGCAUGAACUGUGCUGUAUUAUCAAGCUGAAUGUGGAGAUGGUGGUCAAAUUCUGAAGAAAGCCAACGUCUGUAAUAAUGAGCGCAGCUGCCGCUACUAGAGUUUUUAUACUGUCCCUAACAGCCAUUCCCGUCACUUAUCUCUUCAACUAUGUUUCUACAGUCCAGAGUUUUUGGCCUGUUGCGGUUGCUAGCGGAAUGGUCUUGAUGAUGAUAACGUUAUUAUCCCGUCUGCUAGUGAUUCCGAAACCACCCAGAGAUCCUUUGUUCUAUGUAUAUGCAGUAUUUGCGUUCACCAGUGUGGUGUGUCUUAUCAUUGGCCUUGAACAGGAUGGAAUUAUAGACGGAUUUAUGACUCUGUAUUUAAAAGAGACUGAGCCUUACUUGAACACAGCACAUGGCCACAUGAUCUGUUACUGGGAUGGCACUACCCAUUACUUGAUGUAUCUGCUGAUGGUGGCAGCGAUUGCAUGGGAUCAGAACUACAGGACCAUUGGCCUCUACUGGGUAGGAUCCAUUAUAAUGAGUAUGAUUGUGUUUAUUCCUGGAAGUAUUGUUGGUAAAUAUGGAACGAGGAUUUGUCCUGCAUUUUUCUUGAACUUCCUGUAUAUUUGCCUUCCACUGUGGGCUGGGUUUAGAAUCUACAAACAACCAUCCGCUACCAGUAAUCCAUCUGCAAAGGAGGCCCAAAAUAUUCAGCAAAAGAAUUUAUUAAGAAGACCAUCUGACCUAGUGCUGGUCAUGUACCUCAUCGCUGCAACUAUCUUCUGUAUAUUCAGAGGAAUGACUGCUUUAGAUUGUCCAUCUGAUCUCUGUCGGUUAUAUAUACAACUUCAAGAGCCAUAUAUCAAAGACCCCGUUGCCUACCCAAAACUCCAGAUGUUGGUGUAUAUGUUCUAUUCUGUACCCUAUAAUCUAUUCACUUUGUAUGGACUCCUGGUUCCUGGGUGCACGUGGAUGCCAGAUCUUACCAUUAUUUAUGCCGGUGGAUUGGCUCAGGCACAGUUUUCACACAUUGGUGCGUCCCUUCAUGCAAGGACUCCUUACAUCUAUCGAGUUCCUGAUGAUGCAAGACUUUUGGUGUUAAUUGCAAACUUACUUUUUGGGAUUUUUCCACAGAUAUUAGCUCAUCGCUGUAUAAACCAGCCAGAAUUUUUUGUAAGGAUAAGACCAGUGGCCAAAUCUAACUGAAGUGUACUAUGUUUUUUUGUUGCACAAGGUUCUUGCAGAUUUUUUAAGACACUACCCAAUAUAAUGUGAUUUGGUCUGGUUGACACUAUUUAAACCUUGCCUUAUAGCAAGAUGACUAGACAGUGGGAUCACGUGUAUGUAAAUGUCUCACGUUUUAUGAUGAAUUGGUUGUACAUUUCUGAUGCUUUUGUGUACAUAGUGAGCGACUCCUGAAAAAGCUUUAUGCAAACGUGCUGAAACAGCAUGAAAAUUCUCUUCAACAUAAAGGCAUUCUCUAGGACUUGAAUAAUGAUGGUAUAGGCCAGGGAUGCUUAACAUGCGGUCCUUCAGCUGUUCUAAAACUAUAUCUCCCACCAUGCCCCGCUGUAGGCUGUCAGGGCAUGUUGGGAGUUGUAGUUUUGCAACAGCUGGAGGACGGCAGGUUGGUCAUCCCUGGUCUAAGCCAAACACAUUUGUGGCAUGUCUACAGGUAAUAUCCCUUUAAAGAUCCACGGUGCUCCUUACUUAUUCAUGCACAGUAACUAGUCCAUACAUGUGGCUGUGCCUGGUAGUGCAGCUCAGUCAUUCACAAUUCAAUGCAACCCAUCUGGACUCCCAGGAACAGUCGCCUGUACAGAGGAAACAAUGAAGGGGACAGGCUGUGUGAAAGAAAUCAAUUAAAGUGGUUUUCCAGGAGUACAAUACUGAUGACCUAUCAUCAGAUCUGUGGCGAUCUGACAUGUGGCACCCUCAUCAGCUAUGACCUUCUCACAGCAUACUAAGCACAGUGCUGUACGUUAGACAGUGACUGUGCUUGGUACCGCAGCCCAGACCUAUUCACUUGAAUGGGGCUGAGCUGCACAUAGGCCAUGUGACCGAUGUACAGUGACAUCACUGGCCUAGGAAGAUGCUGUAGUGCUCACUGGAGCGCCUCGCCAUCUUCAAACAGCUGAUUGUCAGAGGUUUGGGGAGUCUGAUACCUGCCAAUCUGAUAUUGAUGUCCUAUCCUAAAGAUAGAUCAUACAUAUUUUACCCGUGGAAACCUCUUUAAUUCUACCAUUCUUCCUAUCCUUAAGAUCGCUUUGAUCCUUAAUGUCAUAAUAAAUAUAUAGUCUACUGUACAUUCUCUUGACAAGAAGAAUGAACCCCCAUCCAGCUAGCCAACAACUCUUGGACCGUCGAUAAGAGGCAGACAAUAAGGAAGCAUAUCUGAUAUUCAGAGACCCCUCUCCAACUUUGACUGCCAUCAUUUUGGUUGGCUGGUAUGCUCCUGUAUGCUUUAUACUAUAAGACCCCUCUGUAUGUGCAUGCUGUAUGCCACUUUAUUGUAAUCUUAUCCUUUUAAAUUGGAGCACUGCAGCCCCUUCAUUGUGCUAACUGCCAAGGGUCCUGGGUUUCGGUCUCCCACCGAUUAAACACUGCGGGCCUAUACUAAGCAUAGGAUUAAAAAUAUGAAUCCCCUCUUAUACAGUACAUGUACUCAUAUGCAUUACAAUGCAAUGCCAGAGACAGAUCAUGUCUAUUCAGUCUGAUACAAGUAACUGAUUCCAUUAUCAUACAUGAGACCUAUGACAAGUCAGGAACUCUUUUUAUAUUUUUUUACAUCUUUAUUACUGAACCAUAAUGGACCUUCUCCUGUCAUUAACACUUCCAUCAAUAUAAUAUAUGCUUCAAACACAAUUAUUAUUUGUAAUUAUAACUAACGCCAAUGUUUACAUAAGUUUUUUAAUAACUGUUACAUACAUUGUAAAUUAACUUGUGUGACCUGUUUCCUUCUUCACAAUCUUGAACCAUAAUUUCCAACAUACAUCAGGAGUGUUCAUUUUGUAAAAACAGCAAUACAACAAUUUACGAGAUGUGUUUCAACUACCAACACUGGAAAGGCCAAAGAUGCAUAAGAGAAGAACAAAUGUAAAGAAAAUGUUUUUCACGAAAAACUGCAAUAAAAUAAAUAAAAUCUAUUAUCACAAUAGCGACAUUAUUGUUCACAAGAAAAUACAUUCUGGAAUGGCUAAUCAUUAGUAAAUACAACCGCUAGCUUGGUAGAUAAGAAUUCCAUCUUCUACUGAAAUUUCUACAUUGCCAGGUAAGUGUAUAAUGUAAUGACACAAACUAUACAUCAAGAAAGGCUACUCCUUCCGGUCUGCCUUAUAAUCUCCUCUCCCACACUCCUUGUGGAAUCCUUUGCUUUUGUGAGGAUUGCGGCACGUGAACAGAACAGCCGAGUUGAUGAAAUCACAUGAAGCAAAGUGAGUGGCUGUCAGUGAUCCUAAUAGGAAUCAUGUGAAGUAUAUUCUAACCAAGUAAACCAGGCACAGCAUAAAGCACCUCUCGAGUUAUCAUUACCAUAUUAGAAGGGUUGUUACUCUUAACCUCUGUGGGUCUCCUGGUGUCAAAGCUGAGGAUGGAAGGAGCUGUCAAAGGUAACCCUUUCAUUAGCUUUUAUUGCGCAGGGGGACAUAAUGAACACAAUCCACUGUAAGGUACCCUCUGAUAUCUGCAGCUGUCCAUUGCAGCUGUAGAGCAGUGUUUCUCAAAUCUGAUUCUCAAGCAUUCCCAAGAGUUUACGUAUUAAGGAUUUCUCACAGAGGGAACAUUAUAAUGCACUGGCAGUAAUGAAAUAAGUGCACUUGAGGAAUGGAGUUGAGAAACGCUGCUGUAGAGGUGAGAUGGCUGUGGUUUUUGUCUCUAAACAUAGAAUGGCGUUCUGCCCUAACAGGUCAUUUUAUAAGUUGCUCUUGAUACAAGACAACUGCUUUAACAUUAAGGCUUAUUGCACACAAACGUGUGUGCUCUGUGGCCGUAUUGCGGAUCUGCAAUACACGGGCGCCGUUCCGUGUGCAUUCCGUAUCACGGAUGUGGACCCAUUAACU